CCAUAGAGGCGCUACCAUAGAGGUGACGCAGCCGGCGGGUAGAGCGGCUACUGGGAACCAUAGAGAGAAAAGCGGAAGCGGAAGCGCUGCGGGGCGAUGAUGCGGUGGAGGUGGCCGCGGUGGCAUCGCGGCGGGGCGGGCCCCGCUCCGCGCUCGGUCUGUGCUCCCUGUGCUGUCCGUGCCGGGCUCCUCCGGGGCCUCCCCGCCGCCGCCCCGUCCCGCCCGCAGCCGGCAGCGCCGCGGGGCUGAGCGGCCCGAGCCGGGGGCUGCAGCGCCGCCCGAUCCCGGUCCCGUACCCGCCAUGUCCCGGGGCCCGGUGCUCGCAGCCCGGCCGUGACGGUACCGCGCUGACCCGACCCCGCCCGCCGUGACGAUGCGUGUGUCCGCGCUGCUCGGGGCGCUGCGGGCGGCGCUGCCGCUGGUGCUGGGCCUGUCCCUGGGCUGCAGCCUCAGUCUGCUCCGCGCAUCGUGGGGCCGGGCCGGCGCCGAGGAGCCGUGUGUGCGGGCGGACGGACGGGCCGAGCUGCACGGCGGGGAGCGGGACCGGGCGGGACACGGCGGGGACGGGCACGGACACGAGGAGUUCCGGCCGCGCAUCGUGCCGUACUACCGGGACCCCAACAAGCCGUACAAGAAGGUGCUCAGAACUCGCUACAUCCAGACAGAGCUGGGAUUCCACGAGAGGCUGUUUGUGGCGGUGCUGACUUCCAGGGCUACGCUGAACACGCUGGCGGUGGCUGUGAACAAGACCGUGGCUCAUCACUUCUCCCGCCUGCUGUACUUCACGGGGCUGCGCAGCGCCAAAGUGCCCCAUGGCAUGGUGCUGGUGGCACACGGGGACGAGCGGCCCAUCUGGCUGAUGUAUGAGACCAUGUACUAUAUCCACCAGCACUUCGGUUCUGACUACGACUGGUUCUACAUCAUGCAGGAUGACACCUAUGCCCAGGCUGAACAAAUCAAGGCUCUGGUGACACAUCUCAGUAUUAACCAAGAUGUCUACCUGGGACGAGCAGAGGAGUUCAUUGGUGGAGAUGAGCAGGCUCGCUAUUGCCAUGGUGGCUUUGGGUACCUGCUGUCCCGCAGCCUGCUACUGAAACUUCAUCCACACCUGGACAGCUGCCGCAAUGAGAUCCUCAGUGUGCGCCCCGAUGAGUGGCUGGGGCGUUGCAUCAUCGAUUUCCUUGGCAUCACUUGUGUCUCCCAGCUCCAGGGUCAGCAUUACCAUACGUAUGAACUUGCUAAAAAUGCUGAUCCAGAGAAGGAGGAAGAGGAGGAGUUCCAAGCAGCCAUUGCCGUGCACCCUGUUUCUGACAUGACCACGAUGUACCGGCUGCACAAGCACUUCAGCAGGAUCCAGCUGGAGAGAGCCUACCAGGAGAUCCAGGAGCUGCAGAUGCAGAUCAGGAAUCUGACAUCGCUGACUCCUGCAGGCGAGGCAAGCUUGACGUGGCCUGUGGGGAUCAAUUCCCCAUUUCUUCCAAAGUCACGUUUUGAGGUAAUCAGCUGGGACUACUUCACUGAGCAGUACCUCUUCUCCUGCCUCGAUGGCUCCCCCAAGUGUGAGCUCUCUGGAGCCAGCAAAGCAGAUGUCAGUGACAUUAUUGAGUCAGCACUUGAGCAACUUAACAGCCGCUACCAGCCCUUGCUCCGGUUCAGCAAGCGACAGUUGCUGAAUGGCUACCGGCGUUUUGACCCCACCCGAGGAAUGGAAUACACGCUGGACCUACUGCUGGAGGCAGUGACCCAGAAGGGACACAGUCAUGUCCUAGUUAAACGAGUGAGCUUGGUGCGGCCCUUAAGUAAGGUAGAAAUUAUUCCCAUGCCGUAUGUAACAGAGGCCACACGUGUGCAACUGGUGCUUCCAUUGACAGUACAGGACUUGGAUUUUGUAUCGAACUUCCUGGAUAUGUAUGCUAUGAACACGCUAGACACACACGAUAAUGCCUUGCUGACUUUGCUUUUCAUUUACCAUCCGUAUGAUGCCCAGCGAGUCAGUCAGGUCGAUGUAUUUGCUGGAGUCAAGGCCAUGGUCGGAGAGCUGGAGAAACGCUACACAGAAGUUAAAAUCCCCUGGAUUAGUGUCAAAACUGAGGUGCCAUCACAAGUGAAACUCAUGGAUAUAGUCUCAAAGAAGCACCCCGUGGACACCUUGUUCUUCUUGGCCAGUGUCUGGACAGAAAUCAACAUGGAGUUCCUGAACCGCUGCCGCAUGAAUACUAUCAGCAAUUGGCAGGUCUUUUUCCCAGUGCACUUUCAGGAGUUCAACCCUGCCUUGGUGUACCGCGGUGAGCAGGCUGCUUCCUCCAGCACUGACUUCCUGAGGGAUGGACAUUUUGACAGACAUUCCUUUGCUGAGGCCUGCUUCUAUAACUCUGACUAUAUGACAGCACGUACCAAGCUAGCAGCUGAUAUCCUAGAUCGAGAUGAAGUGCUGGAGGGCAUGGAGGUAUUCGAUGUCUUCCUCCAUUAUUCAGGUUUGCACUUAUUUCGGGCUGUGGAGCCAGGGUUAGUGCAGAAAUAUGCACUGAGGAGCUGCAACCCCCGGCUCAGUGAGGAGUUAUACCACCGCUGUGUCCUCAGUAACUUGGAAGGGCUUGCGUCCCGCUCGCAUUUAGCCAUGGCCCUCUUUGAGCAGGAACAGGCCAACAGUACUUGAGAGACUGGAAGCAUCAGGAGCUGCGCUGCACCUUAACACUUGGCACUUUCCAUCCCCUUCCGAGCCUGGCCAUGGUUGAAGGGCAUGUGAGGUCAAGGGAGGAGAAAGGCUUUCCCAGCCUUGCUCUGCAGCACAAGCAGGGGCUGUGGAGAGGCUGUUUUUGUGGAGUUUCGUUUUUUUGCUUUUGUGUGGGUUGGGGUUGAUUUUUGUUGGUUUGUUUGUUUUUUAAACAAAUAGAUCUCUUUCCAAGCAGAGUGA